UCUGAAGAGACCAGUAUGAAGACCAUACAAUAUGUCCUGUUCCUUUGCGGAAUCACGGUCAUCAGUGGUAUGUUACCAUCAGAGCCUUAUUGUCGAGGUGGAGGGAACGUCAUUUACCAUGAAUGCAGUGUCACUUGUGGACAAGGAAUAACGAGAUGGGAAUAUAUAUGUGACGGUAACAGCCAGAUACGUACAGUCAGAUGCCACGAAGGUGCCUGUCCAAGUAGAGAACCACAAGUUUCAGUUAUUAACGGAGGUUGGAGCAGUUGGAAGUUAGAUCGACUGGGUGUCUGCAGUGGCAGGUGCGGUGUGGGAUAUCGGACACGAUAUGAGAUACGAACGUGCACCAACCCAGCUCCACGAAAUGGCGGCACAAACUGUGGAACAGGAAACAGACGAAGCUUAACAGAGUCUUGUGACACAGGAGUCAAAUGUUCAGUUAACGGAGCCUGGACCGCGUGGAAGCUAGAUCAACUGGGUGACUGUAGUGUCACGUGCGGUGUGGGAUCUCGGAGAAGAUAUCAGAUACGAACGUGCACCAACCCAGCUCCACAAAAUGGCGGCAAAAACUGUGGAACAGAGAACAGACGUAGCUCAAUAGAGACUUGUGACACACGAGUCAAAUGUCCAGUUAAGGGGGGCUGGAGCAGUUGGGGUUAUGAUCAGCUGGGAGACUGUAGUGUCACGUGCGGUGUGGGAUCUCGGAGACGAUAUCAGAUACGAACGUGCACCAACCCAGCUCCACAAAAUGGCGGCAAAGGCUGUGGAACAGAGAACAAACGUAACUUGCCUGAACCCUGUGACACACAGGUCAAAUGUCCAGUUAACGGAGCCUGGACCGCGUGGAAGCUAGAUCAACUGGGUGACUGUAGUGUCACGUGCGGUGUGGGAUCUCGGAGAAGAUAUCAGAUACGAACGUGCACCAACCCAGCUCCACAAAAUGGCGGCAAAAACUGUGGAACAGAGAACAGACGUAGCUCAAUAGAGACUUGUGACACACGAGUCAAAUGUCCAGUUAAGGGGGGCUGGAGCAGUUGGGGUUAUGAUCAGCUGGGAGACUGUAGUGUCACGUGCGGUGUGGGAUCUCGGAGACGAUAUCAGAUACGAACGUGCACCAACCCAGCUCCACAAAAUGGCGGCAAAGGCUGUGGAACAGAGAACAAACGUAACUUGCCUGAACCCUGUGACACACAGGUCAAAUGUCCAGUUAACGGAGCCUGGACCGCGUGGAAGCUAGAUCGACUGGGUGACUGUAGUGUCACGUGCGGUGUGGGAUCUCGGAGAAGAUAUCAGAUACGAACGUGCACUAACCCAGCUCCACAAAAUGGCGGCAAAGACUGUGCAACAGAAAACACACGUAACUUGCCAGAACCCUGUGACACAAAGGUCAAAUGUCCAGUUAACGGAGGCUGGAGCAGAUGGAAGCUAGAUCGACUAGGUGACUGUAGUGUCACGUGCGAUGUGGGAUCUCGGACACGAUAUGAGAUACGAACGUGCACCAACCCAGCUCCACAAAAUGGCGGCAGAGACUGUGGAACACAAAACAAACGUAGCUCAUCAGAGUCUUGUGACACAAAGGUCAAAUGUCCAGUUAACGGGGCCUGGACCGCGUGGAAGCUAGAUCGACUGGGCGACUGUAGUGUCACGUGCGGUGUGGGAUCUCGGAGAAGAUAUCAGAUACGAACGUGCACUAACCCAGCUCCACAAAAUGGCGGCAAAGACUGUGGGACAGAGAACACACGUAACUUGCCAGAACCCUGUGACACAAAGGUCAAAUGUCCAGUUGACGGAGGUUGGAGCAGAUGGAAGCUAGAUCGACUAGGUGACUGUAGUGUCACGUGCGAUGUGGGAUCUCGGACACGAUAUGAGAUACGAACGUGCACCAACGCAGCUCCACAAAAUGGCGGCAAAGACUGUGGAACAGAAAACAAACGUAGCUCAUCAGAGUCUUGUGACACAAAGGUCAAAUGUCCAGGGAGCAGUGUUUGGCCCAGGUCUCAUUGCAGCCGUGUCGGUGUCUGGAGUCUUCCUCAUAUUCCUUGUUGCGGCUGCUGUCAUCUUCUUCAGAUUGAGAAGAAGAAUUGGAAAGAAGAAAUCAAAUGCAACAUACGACAAUGACGUCACAAGGCCAGAGAGAGCCGAAUCUGAGACUGAGAAUCAUUAUGAGACUCUGUUUUCAACACGGUCGCCUGAAAAUGUGUAUGACGUCACAAGGCCAGAGAGUGCUGAGUCCAAAGCUGAGACUCUUUACGAGACUACGUCUUCACGGUCGCCUGAAAACCUCUACGAGGGUCUGUCGAAGAUCCGGGAAGACCCCAAUGAUGCUCCAGUGACGGCACAUACACUAUCGCUAACUUCUCAACAGACGGCAAUGUGCUAACUUCGCUAACUAACGCUAACAGACGGCAAUGUGUAUGAUGAGACCGACUGAUUGUCAACCCAUGGAUACCAUGCCAAUUAGAAUUAGUAACUCUUGAAAUGUAUGAAAAUUAGAAUUAGUAACACAUGACAACUAUGGGAAUUUGAAUUAUUAACUCUUAAAAACUCUUGAAUUUUAGUAACUCUUGAAAACUAUGUUGUUGUUUUCAUUAGAUAUCUUACUUAUUAAUGUAUCUCUUAACACCGGUUGCUAAUAAAGCAGAAUGUGUCUUACAGAGCCGUGAAACAGAAAUAAUUAUUUCUGGAAUUUUAUUCGAGUUAAACUAUGGUGGCUCAUUCUUUAAUAUGUGAUAAAAAGAAAUGUAUUCAUCUAUUUUUUUAAAAACACGUGAUUCCUUCCCAAGUGUUCUCUUAAUACUAUGUUUCACUCUCCUGGAUUUAUGAUAAGCCAUUUUGUAUUAUACAUAUUAUUCGGCAAGAUUUUGUUUUUCAAACACUCUAAAUAAAAUGCAGAAGUAAAUAUAUUUUUGCGUGGUACUCCUACACGAACUAUUUUACUAGAGAACUUGCUUGUCACAUUAUUCGAUGUUCAUAGCCUUUAAAUGCCACGUGGAUUAUCAAUAAACUCUAAAGAAAUAAACGAAUCGCACCUCAAAUGGAGGGGGAGUUGAUAUACUAAUAUUUCAAAUACUUAAAUAUUAAAACAAUUUUUUUUAGAGACUACACACAAUAGCAACUAAAAGUUAUUGUGCUCGAAUGUUUGCUUUAAACAAAACCCUUAAAGAUAGGUACAAAUUUAACGUGUAACUAUAAAACAAUUUAACAACAAUGAAAAUGAUCAACUGUUGAUUAAUGACUGUUGCUUCAUGUAUCUUUUAACUUUUGACUAUUAUAAUAAACAUAAACAAGGAUUUUUGAGCUUGUAUCAUUUUCGCAGAAGCUAGCCAUAUGCUGGUGAAAUGUUUAAUUAUUAACUAUUGGAUAGAAUGAACAUUUGUAUUAGUAACUCUUACAAACUGAACAUAUUUGAAUUAGUAAAUCUUUGAGACUGAGUGACUCAAGGAGACCAAGAUAUUUUGAAUUGGGUGAUUUUUGUAGACGGACUAUUUCUGUAUUUCUUUUUUAUAUUUCUUUUUAAUUAAUUGUCUAUUGUAUAUUGAUGUCUUAUGUUCAAUAUAUUUACAGCGACACAACUAGGGCAGUUCGAAAAAUAAGAGACACCAUCAUCACAAUGAUUGCCCUCGAUUUCGCAUAAGUUAUUGCAAAUAGCAAGUAGUUAUACAAUAACAAGUAGUAGUAGUAGUAGUAAAAAAUUGUUUAAUACAUAUUGACAUAUACACAGUUUAGGGGUUUUAGUUUUACUUCUUGUAAAUACAAUACUUUUAAAUGUUUUGAUAGUAUUUUAAUAUCUCUCAUAACUUGUGGGUUGUGUACUUUUACAACUGUAUUACUGUAUUAUUACUGUUGAACUCUUGUUUUUAUUUUAAUCUGUACACAAGGUGAGACGUAAAUAAAGAAUGUGUCUGUCUGUCUACAUUCGUUAAUAAUUCUCUCAUUGAAUCACCAACAAUCACCAAACGUCCUAUAUAGGAAUAUCAAAAGACAUUGAAUCACCAACAAUCACCAAACGUCCUAUAUAGUAAUAUCAAAAGACAUUGAAUCACCAACAAUCACCAAACGUCCUAUAUAGGAAUAUCAAAAGACAUUGAAUCACCAACAAUCACCAAACGUCCUAUAUAGGAAUAUCAAAAGACAUUGUUGUUUUCAAUCGAUUACUUUCAAAGCAACGAGAUCCACGUGACAUUGAGGUGAGAAAUUGUGGAAAAAUCAAAAGCAGCCUUCGAUAGACUCGGAUUUUUACUGAAAAACAUAAUUCAUCAGAUAUUUCGCUUCCACGUUUACUAAUUCACACCCACGUGUCAGUAGUUUGUAGUUGUCAGUAGAAAAUGUUAUGCGAUAAAUGUGUGAAUUGGCAAAA